AUGGCCCACCCGCUCACCCAGCACCCGCCAAACAUGAUCGGCUUUGGCGCGCCGGCAACCAUGAGCCCGCUCGGCUUCGGCUUCGGCCAGCCAGCACACUUGGUGGCGGCGAGAUCACCUGGCUUCGGUGGCGCAAGCGCAAGCGGCAGCGGGUUUGGGUCGCCCGGCCCAUCGUCGAGCGGGUCACCGCUCAAGCCGUUCCCCGUCAACACGCGCCUCGUGCCCGCGCGCAUCAGCGGCUCGGCGUCGGCCCCGCCUUCCCCAUCACCACAUCAACACCAUCAGCAUCACCACCACCACUCGACGGCACAGAAGCGCACACGCCGCACGUCGUCCCUCUCGCCCUCGCCCUCGAGCUCGCCAAGCCCGCUCGGGUCCCCUCGGCUAACAUUACGCCGCCGCCAUGUCGACGACGACGACGAGAUUGAGGACAGGUCGGAGCGGAGGCUCGCAAAGGUCAAGCGUAUUCGCAAGGAGGCACAGGAGACUGUGCAGGAGGACAGGCCCGACGUCGGGCUCUUGCUUGCAUCCAUGCCGCCCACAUCACACCUGCCGAUCCUCCUCGAGCUCCUGCAGGAGAACCCGGCCCUCGCACCCCGCGUGCUGCGCAGCAUGCCGACGCCACCCCUUUCCAACGUCCUCGAGACCCUCGAGCGCAUCGUUGCUAAAAUUGGCAAGGCCGCCGGCUCGUGGGAGCAACAGUCCGGAUACGUGGCGACCCGACGAUGGAACAGGGUCGACGAGCACGUGCAAGCAUGGACCAAGAGCGCGAGCACGUACCUGAAAUUCUUCACAACGAGCAACUCGACAUCGACGCCGACCGAGCCGCAGACAAUCUACCACCUGCUGCACGCGCUCACGACGACGAUUGUGCAGAUUCUGGCAAUCGUGCCGGCUGGCCCGCCGCCCAACGCCAAGGAGUUCCUCGACCUCGCCAACAGCGUCCUGUCGGCGUGGUCGGACUGGGUCUCGGCGCUCAGCGACGAGGUCAAUCAGCGCGGUGGCAUGUUCCCGCAGUCGACGGUGCAGAACUGGGCCGACGGCAUCAACGCGCUGGCCGCAGAGACGCUGUCAACGCCCGCCGCCGCCGCGCCGGUCUUCUCGUCAUGGUCGACGCCAAUGUCGUUGCCAAGUGCACCAGUCGAGCCGAACCCGUACAUUGAGGGGUUCCGCAUUGCUCUUCAGCCGCUCCGUGAGCGCUUUGUCAAUGAGCUUGUGUUCAAGGCGGUACCCCCAGCCGCCAAGCGCCAGAAGCUGUUCCGCGCAUGUGCGGCCUGCGUCUCGUCCAAGACGCGGUGCGAGGACGUCACGCCAGACGGGUGCAGCCUGUGCCGGCGGCGCGGCAAGCCGUGCUCGCUGUCCGGCGUCGCCGCCGCCGUGGUAGAGCAGGCCGCCGUGGGCAUGAGCAGCUCGCACACGCACACCACGCACAGCCAGCUGCCGAGCCCUUCGUCGGCGCCCCACCCGGUCCAGCACCGCUCAAGCAGCAGCAGCGUGUCGUGGGCGUCUCCCUCGGCCGCGGCUGGGCCCUCGUCGCGCCCAGCAGCAGUGCCGCCGCCAGUAGCCACCUCGCCCCUGCACGCACAUGCGCAUCCAAGCCCUUCCGAGGUCGACGAGCUGCGGGGCCGAGUCGCCGACGCCGAGCGGCGCGUAGCCCGCACAGAGGCUGCGCUCGCCGAGCUCGAGGCGAGGGUCAAGGCCGGCGGCACUGGCAGCACCAGCAGCAACUACGGCGGCGCGAACGGCGGCGCCCCCUCCGACGACGCGUAUCGCCGCCCGCCGCCGAACGGCCGCCUCGGCGACGAACCGUUCGUCGACCUCCCCCGCGAAGGGCCGUUCAGACUCGCCACGUCGUCGCUGCUCAUCCCGCUCGACGAGACCAUCUUCUCCGUGUCCGCGACGAGAGCGUACCCCAACCCCGUGGACCGUGGGGUGAUAUCGCCGUCGACGGUCGAGCUGGCCUGGCACGGGUUCAAGGCCAAGAUAAGCGCUCUGCUGCCGCUGCCUCCGUUCUUGGCUGUGUCGACGCCCGUCCCGGCACACGGGUUCGUGGUCACAGCCGCGCUGCACCACGUGCCGAGCGCCCACUCGCCAGGCCUCGCGGGACUCACGGCAGAGUGCUUGCUGAUGGCCAUGUCGGGCAACGCGAGCGUCGACGUUGUGCUCGCGCUGCUGAUCCUCAGCCUGGCCCCCGAACGCCCAGACGACGAAGAAAAGCACGACAGCAAGAGAACGCGCGCGCCGCGCCCACCCUCGCCCUACCGCCUCAUCUCGCUCGCGUACUCCAUGGGCCAGAACCUCGGCCUCGAGAGCGUCGCCGAGGCGGCGCUGCGGCGCGGCGCCGACCUCAACCACGAGACGUGGAACGAGACACUCUGGCGCCUGCAGCUUUGGGCGGCGGUCGUGAACCGCUUUGCACUCCUGUCGCUCAUGUACGGCCAGACGAUCCCGCCAGCGCUCGUCGCCCCGCGUCUCCCGCCACUGGCCCGCGAUAGCGUCGAGGCGUGUAAUCGCCACUUGCGGGCCGAGGCGCGCGUCGUCGAGAUCUUCCGCCCCGUCGCGGUGCUGCUUUGCUCGCUCGAGCACCGCGACGACGAGUACCCGCUUCCCCUGAUCAACGACCUGUUUGACCGCAGUCGCGGGUCGUUCGACCAGGCGGAUGCGUUUAUCCGCAACGGCCAGCCGCCCUCACUGUGCAACGACGCCAAAUGCAUCGAGUUUGCCCUCUGCCUACGAAUGGGCUCGCUCACCUUCUGGAUCCCCUCGCCGCUGCGCGACGCGCGCGAGGCCGUGCUGCGCUGCCUCAACGGGUUCGGGCAGACGAUGCGGAGCAUGCUCGACGUCAUGCUCGGGCCCGGCGGGCUCGAGCCGACCCACCUGCCGGCGUACGCGGUCCACCUGCUGUCUACGGCGCAGCUGUGUUUCCGCCGCGCAGUGCGCUACGUGCUCACGCAGUACCCGCAGGCCAACCCGCCCCUAAUCGAGGUCAGCCGCCUCGACGAGGCCGAGCAGACGCUCCGCACGCUCGGCGCGUCCCCGCGCUUCCUGUUCACCCACGCCAAGCCGAUGGGCAACCUCAACCCCGCGCCGGCCGACGCGGUCGCCAACGGCGGCGACCCCUCUGGCGCGCCCGGCACGGCGCUCUUCGACUUUGACAUUAUGAACUGGGACCUGAGCUUCUUGUACCCGGAUCUGUCGGCCGCGGCGACGUUCCCGAUUCAGAUGUAACCCGAGUGCGCAGCGCGAGGGCUGGCCAAGGGCCGAGGGCCGAGGGCCGAGAAUGCAGCGCGUAGCUUGUACACUUAGUCG